AUGGCUACCAAAGGCAGUGAUGAUGAUCCCACGACGGACAGGGCGGAAUCUUCGCCGACAACAAAAGAAGCUCCACCGUUGCCGGCAGCAGCUCUGUCUGAUGAAAAGUCUCCUGGUGUCCGCCGUGCCGAGGCGCUGGCUUCGGUUCUCACCAAGGCCGACUACGUCUUCAUCUUCUUUGGCGUCUUCAUAAUUGCCUUCGCCUAUGGUCUCGACGGCAUGCUCCGCUACGCUUACCAGCCUAAUGCCACGGCUUCUUUCUCCAAGCACUCGCUGUUGGCAACUGUCAACGUUUUACGCUCCGUCAUCGCCGCCGCAGCACAACCCACCUCAGCCAGGAUCGCCGACAUCUUUGGCCGUGUCGAGCUUGUGUGUUUGUCAGUCUUUUUCUACACUCUCGGCACCGUCUUGGAGGCAACUUCACAAAAUGUCGAAACAUUUGCCACCGGGGCGCUCAUCUACCAGAUUGGAUACACCAUGAUCAUCUUACUGCUCGAGGUUAUCAUUGCCGACAUCACCACCACCCGAGCUCGCCUGCUGUUCAGUUACAUCCCCAACGCCUCGUUCCUCGUAUUGACUUGGGUCAGCGGAAACAUUUCUUCGGCCGUGCUUGCUGUCACAACUUGGCGAUGGGCCAUCGGCAUGUGGUGUAUCAUCUAUCCGGUGUGCGCCAUGCCUCUGAUCAUCAGUCUCCUGGUAACUGGCCGUCGAGCCCGCAGGUCACAUGUGAUGGAUGGAUACGUCGACCCGAUCAGAGCUCUCCCCUGGGGCAAAUUUUUUGCGUACUUGUUCUGGCGCCUCGAUGUCAUCGGAAUCAUUCUCAUGAUUGCUGUCUUCGCUUUGCUCUUGGUACCCGUCACGCUGGCAGGUGGCUUCAAGACAUCCUGGACCAGCGCUCAUGUCCUUGGCCCGUUGAUAGCUGGCUUCACCGCGAUACCGCUCUUCAUUGGGUGGCAGCUCUACACCCCCCAACCGCUUGUGCCAUUCAGACUCAUGAAGAAUCGAGCUGUGUGGGCCGCCCUCGGAAUCGCCUUGAUGCUGAAUUGGGCGUGGUAUAUGCAAGGCGACUACUUGUAUUCGGUUCUGGUCGUUGCUUUCGAUUUCGACGUCAUGACGGCCACUCGGGUGUCUUCCUUCUACACAUUUUUCAGUGUUCUUACCGGCACCGUUCUCGGAUUUGUCGUAUACAAGGUCCGCCGGCUGAAAGUCUUUAUCGUCGUUGGAACAUGCCUCUUCAUGGUUGCUUUCGGUCUCCUCAUCAAGUAUCGAGGUGAUACCGACAUGUCCAGCCGAGCUGGUGUUGUUGGCGCCCAGGUUGUUUUGGGUAUCGCCGGCGGCAUGUUUCCCUACCCGGCGCAGGCCUCUCUUCAAGUGGCGCUGAAGCACGAGAAUCUCGCUGUCAUGACGGGCCUCUACCUCGCCACUUACAACCUCGGAUCUGCAUUUGGCGGUGCUGUCUCGGGCGGGAUAUGGACUCAGGUCUUGCCAAACCAGCUUGCCUGGCGGAUGGAGGGAUUCAACAAUGAGACCUUGGCAACAUCUGCUUACGGGAAUCCAUUUGCCUUUGCGAAGCAGUACCCUGUGGGCACGCCCGAGCGGCAGGCGUUGAUCGACUCUUACAAGUACGCCCAGAGGCUGUUGACGAUUACGGGGAUUUGUUUGUGUGUGCCGCUGAUUGCUUUUGCGUCGACGUUGCGGAAUCCAAAGUUGAAUGAUGAGCAGACUUUGAAGGAGGACGAGCCGGCUGCAUAG